UCACUCCUAUUUAUAUUAACCCCCAAGUCCCAACCACUACCACUACCACCACCACCACCACCACCAUCCUCAUCGCCCUCUAAUCUCUUUCGCUAAAACUCACUUUCUUUCUCUCUUUGGAUAUCCAUUGAUCUACGAGUAGUAGAGCACGUACCAGCAAUGUAUAACGAAUUCCAGCAACCAUCCACGCCCUCGCUGAGGCACAAGGUAAAGCUGUGGUGUUUCUCCUCCUCGGUCCACCACAGCGGGCCUCCGGAAGGCGAUGAUCAGGACAAGCCGCGGUCUCCGCGCUCGCCCUACGCGUGGAUCAAAUCGACCGCCCAGGACCUGCCCGAGAUACGUGACCGAUGCAAGAACCUGAUCUCGCGGAUCGGCUGCAGGGCCCGCAGCAGGCACCACCGCUCGCACUCAGCGGACUUCAGCUACGACCCGCUGAGCUACGCGCUCAAUUUCGAAGACGACACACGGGUCGACGAGUUCCCGCUCAACUUCUCCGCGAGGCUCGCGGCGUCGAGGAGGGAUAUCGUUGCGUUUAGCUGAGAAUGAUUUGCCGUUAAUUUGGGUCGUGUUGCAUGUUUUCUGUAUGUACAGAGACAGAGUUUUAAUUUGAUGGUACUCCGAAUUAAUGAGUACAAUGUAGUUUGCCUGACAUUGAUUUUGUCUGGUCAGAAGCUAUAUACAUAGUGUAUGCAUUUUGUAAGUUUCAAUUAAUUUCGUUAUGAAUUGUGCUUAUAGCGACUAUUAAUUUAGGCGUUUUAUA